AUGAGCAUCCACCGCAGAAAGCGGGCCGGGCCGGACCCGCCGGGAUUUAGGGGCGCGGGCGGGGCGGGGCCCCGGGGGGGCGGGGCCGGCACAGGGGACCCCCCUCCUAAUGAGGGGUACCCUUCUAACCCCCCCCAGGGACCCCCUCCUAAUGAGGGCUGGGCAGAGCCCCUUCUUCCCCGGCGGGCGGUGUGCGAGGCGCUGUUCCCUGGAGCGGCCGCCGGAUCGCGGCUGGCAGCGGGCUGGACACGGGGACCCCACGGGCCCCGCCGCUCCCGCCGCCUGCCCCGCGCGGCGCCCCCUGGCGGACACGGCGCCGCCCCGCAGCCCCCGCGGCGACAGCGAGCCCCUCACGGGCCCCCGAGCGAGCGCACCCCGCGGGGCGCGGCGGAACGAGCGCGGCUGGAGCGCCGCGGGCACAAGGAGCCGGUCCCUCUCUGCCGCUCGGGCCGCUCAUCCGACACCUGCCGGCGAGAGGAGAGGCUGUUCAUUGUUCUCGAGUGCCCGCAGACGCACCGGCCCUUCACCCGCAGGAGCGUUCGCUGCCGGGGCCAGGGCCGGCAGCCCGGCAGGUGCCACAAGCCCCGGCGGCACAAGGGGCCCUGCCCUCGCUGCCCGCAGCCCCCGAGCGCCCUGCGCCGCCUGCAAACGCAGCACGGCCCGCGGGCACGGCGCGCCGGAGCGGGGCCUGGGCACGGCCGGCGCUCUGCACCACCCUCAGGCCGUGCCAGGGCUCCCCGCAGGGACAGAGUGACCGCCUGA